AUGCGCAUAUGCUUACAUAUCGCAUAUGUUUGCAUAUCGCAUAUUGCAUAUCGCAUAUGUGCAUGCUUGCAUAUUGCAAUAUCGCAUAUUAUACAUAUUGCAUAUCGCAUAUUGCCUAUUGCAUAUUGCAUAUCGCAUAUUGCAUAUUGCAUAUCGCAUAUCGCAUAUUGCAUAUUGCAUAUCGCAUAUUGCAUAUCGCAUAUUGCAUAUCGCAUAUCGCAUAUUGCAUAUUGCAUAUCGCAUAUUGCAUAUUGCAUAUCGCAUAUCGCCUAUUGCAUAUUGCAUAUCGCAUAUUGCAUAUUGCAUAUCGCAUAUUGCAUAUUGCAUAUCGCAUAUUGCAUAUUGCAUAUCGCAUAUUGCAUAUUGCAUAUCGCAUAUUGCAUAUUGCAUAUCGCAUAUUGCAUAUUGCAUAUCGCUGCAUAUGGCAUAUUGCAUAUCGCAUAUGCAUAUAGAUCACAGCACAGCAUAGCAUAG